UAAAAAAUAGAAAAAUAAAUGGAUAUAUUAAUCAAACUAAAUAAGUUUAUGCUUUUUCAUUCGAUCAUGACUUUUAUUUCUUACAUAAUUUCUUUAUUAGUUCCAGCCGUUUUGUAAGAGAGAAAAAAUAUAACCGAACCGCUUUUGGACUGUAUUUUGAAUUAACACUUCGCUUUUUUCUCCUCCAGUGGUCAUUCAGACACUUAGCUGGUACCUACAGCUAGCCUCAGCAGCUAGUAGCUAUGGCUGCAGUUAUUCUAAGUUUUCCAACUUUACAUGGUUUGAGGAUAUUCACACAAAAACUGUCAUGGACCAAAAGAGGCGUGAGGUUCGUUUCUGGAGGGAUAGGAAGGAUCGAAAAGGUGCUGAUCGCCAAUCGAGGAGAGAUCGCUUGCCGCGUGAUGCGUACGGCUAAGAAGAUGGGCGUGCGCUCUGUGGCGGUGUACAGCGAUGCAGACAGGCACUCUAUGCACGUGGCCAUGGCAGAUGAAGCCUACCACAUCGGCCCUCCCCCUUCACAGCAGAGUUACCUGUCCAUGGAGAAAGUUUUGGAAGUAGCCAAGAGGUCAGGAUCACAUGCAGUUCACCCUGGAUAUGGAUUUCUGUCAGAAAAUACAGAGUUUGCAGAGGCUUGUAAAAAGGAAGGAAUCAUCUUCAUUGGGCCUCCUUCCUCUGCGAUCCGAGAUAUGGGCAUUAAGAGCACUUCUAAGCACAUUAUGUCAGCAGCUGGGGUGCCAAUAAUUGGCGGUUACCACGGAGAGGACCAAUCAAAUGAGAAGUUGCAGGCAGAGGCUGCUCGGAUUGGUUACCCAGUGAUGAUUAAAGCUGUUCGUGGCGGAGGAGGGAAGGGAAUGCGCAUCUCACGGUCUGACGCAGACUUCCUCGAGCAGCUGGAGUCCGCGAGACGAGAAGCCAGGAAGUCCUUCAAUGAUGACGUCAUGCUGGUCGAAAAGUUUGUAGAGGACCCCAGACACGUGGAGGUUCAGGUGUUUGGGGACAUGCACGGGAACGCUGUCUAUCUGUUUGAGAGGGACUGCAGCGUCCAGAGGAGACAUCAGAAGAUCAUAGAAGAAGCACCCGGGCCGGGAAUAAGCCCUGAGGUCCGGAGGAAGCUGGGAGAGGCGGCCGUCAGAGCGGCCAAAGCUGUCAGCUAUGUCGGGGCAGGUACGGUGGAGUUCAUAAUGGACGCCCAGCACAACUUCUACUUCAUGGAAAUGAACACCAGGCUGCAGGUGGAGCAUCCCGUCUCUGAGAUGAUCACUGGGACUGACCUGGUGGAGUGGCAGCUCAGGGUGGCAGCAGGAGAGCGUCUCCCCCUCCUUCAGGAUGACAUCAUCCUAAGGGGCCACUCUUUUGAGGCGCGUAUCUACGCAGAAGACCCGAACAAUGACUUCCUCCCGGGGGCGGGGCCUCUGCUGCAUCUGUCCACGCCUCCAGCAGACCAACAAACACGCAUAGAGACCGGAGUCAGAGAGGGGGACGAGGUAUCGGCACAUUAUGACCCAAUGAUUGCCAAGCUUGUGGUGUGGGGAGAGGACCGAUCCGCUGCCUUAAAGAAGCUGCGGUACUGUCUGCGUCAGUACAAUAUCGUAGGACUGAACACCAACAUCGACUUUUUGUUGAGCCUCUCGGGCCACCCGGAGUUCGAGGCCGGAAACGUGACUACCAGUUUCAUCCCUCAGCACUAUGCCGACCUCUUCCCCGCCCCGAGAGCUCCGUCCCAGGCAACGAUCUGCCAGGCAGCCCUGGGCCUGGUUCUCCAGGAGAAAGGACACACGGAGGAGUUCACACACACCUCCACAGAUCCUUACUCCCCUUUUGGGUCCAGCAGCGGCUGGAGAAACAACACCCACUUCAACAGAAACAUGACGCUACAGCUGGGGGACAAGAAAGUCCAUGUGGUCGUCACCUAUAAGGAAGAUGGAAACUACAGCAUGCAGGUGGGUGAGGAGGUUUACCACGUGACGGGGGAGCUGGAGGAGGAGGACGGAGCUUCCUUCCUGCACUGCUCGGUCAACGGAGUGAAGUCUCGUCCCAAACUGGUGAUCCUGGACAACACGGUGCACCUCUUCUCCACGGAGGGAGGCUCCCAGGUGUCCGUUCCUGUGCCAAAGUAUCUGGCAGCCGUUAGCGGGUCGGGAGCUCAGGGCGGAGCCGUGGCCCCCAUGACUGGAACCAUCGAGAAGGUGCUGGUGAAAGUUGGAGACAAGGUGUCUGUUGGAGACCCGCUGAUGGUCAUGAAUGCCAUGAAGAUGGAGCACAUGAUCCGGGCGCCGAAGUCGGGCGUGAUCAAGAAGGUGUUCUUCAGCGAGGGCUCGCAGGCCAACCGCCACGCCGCCCUGGUGGAACUGGAGGAGGAGGCGGAGGAGGGGGAGGGGAGCAGCCAGUAAAACCCAACUCCUGCACACUCACACACACACAAAUGCACGCACACACCGACAGAGUGGAGGGAGUGGAAAUAUUGGGAGGUAUUUCUGACUUUCGGGACCGAAGCGGUUUGUUUUGGAGGGGUUUGGGUCAGUCUGGAACAGAUGAAAGGGAUCACAGCUGGAAGCACCACAGUGAUGGAAAAGACAAAUGGACACGCUCUGAUGGGCUUUUUCCACCGAGGAGUGCUGCCGUUUGUCGAUUUCUGAACAAAAGUCCAUUUCUGCUCCUUGAAGUUUUGCUUUAGUUUAGCGGCUCUUCCUGCGCCGUGUUCUCCGGCUGUGAGCGCUUUUCAUUAAGCCCCCUCACAUGUUAUCUCCUAAUGAGUUUAUGGGAGACUAAACCUUUUGUUCUUUGGCUUAAUUUGCAUUUGGAUUUUAUCAAAUGUUUGCCUUCAUUUGAUGGCCUCAAUUUCUUCUCUCUGUAUGCUAUUUAACACAAACUAGAGAUGUUUUUCUUCUAGAAAUGCCUGAGACUUUCCUCUUGUGGGGGAGGAACUUUGAGAGAAAGCUGUAUUUACAUCAUUGUCAUAUUUACACACACAGAAUGACUUUUUUGGGAACCAUGAAAACCACACCGAUCGAAUGGAAAAAGUAUGAAACUGCAGGAGAGCUUGUAUAUACUUUAAUUCAAAGUCCUUUUUUCUAUCUGAUGGAAAAGUAUUUUUAUCCUAAAAUUCCAGACUGAUUUCAAACUGUGCUGUACUUCUGAAAUGUGAACCAAUCAUGAUGUUCGAGCGGGGAGGGGAGGGUGGGGGGGGCUGAUGUGGCAUUAGAAAAACACUCCUGAGUAUUGUUGGCACAGAUGAUUCUAACAAGUACUAGUCACAUGUGCAUUGUUUUUGUGAGCCGAUGAGGCUUUGGCUCCAUAAUGACCCCUGCAGGAUGAAAAGUCGGCCACAGGGAGCUUUUAGAGGACAGAUGUUUGCUUCUGCUUAAAUCCGUCUGACAAAUGAUCACCACACAGAUGACACGUGAGGGCUUUGUGCAGAUCACUCUUCUUACUAACGGUGCGUUCAGAGGCCUUGUAGACUAAACCGUUUGUUUGUUUGUUUGUUACCUGGAUUUUUCUUGUAGCGAAUCUGAAGAAAAAGAUGCAGAAAUUUGUGAAAUACUGUAAUAAAUGUUUU